GAAGAGAGUGAGUGUUCAUUGACCCGUAAAAUUGACGUGGUGCCCGAUACAAUUGAGGAGAUUAAAAACUCGAAGAAAGAUUGUGAGGCAUUUAAAUCUGCAGUGAAGAAUAUUUUAAAAGUGAAUUACGAGUAUUUGAAAACGAAUUGACACGUGACAUGAACUUCAUUAAAAGUGAGGUUAAUGUCUUGAAAACCAUCAUUAUGACACACCUUGUAAUCCAACAAAAAGAGGGAACAACCACAGUGCAGAAUGGUAUCAAUCAUCCAUAUGUUGAAUCAUCAAUUUUCAAAAAAAAUGCUGCAAAUGCUGUAAGAGCAGCAUUGCGUGUCACCAAUGACCCCGACCCUGAAGAUUACACGUCGGAAACGGAGAACUUAUCUAUUGUCGUAAGUGACAUCACAACAGAACAAAGUGAAAUGUCAAGACGGAAAACAACCCCGGGAAACUUAUUCGCUGUAAUGUCUGUCCAAGAUCGAUCGACAGGAAAACGCCAAUUCGUUGCGUCUCGUGCAAGGUUCCAGUUUGUGAGGAGCACCGACAAAUUAAGUGUAAUGAAUGUAUGAUGCACGAUUGAUUCACUUUUUUUCGAACUUUUGCAUAGAUUGACAUCAUAUACCAAUAAUUACUCGAUUCUGAUGUAUAAUCGACAAUAAAUAAAUUUUGAAUUUCAAUUCCCGCCUCUUUUUCUGAUUUU